AUGGAAGACGACAGCGACUCCAACUCCAAUGUUUCGAGUGCACGACCCAGGAUCCGAUCAAACGAUUUGCCAAAAACUGUGUUUAGUUCAGACGAAAAGGGCGAUGCUCGCAAGAGUGUCGAAGAUUGUGUAGUCUUGUCGUCGGAUGAAGGAUAUGCCAGGGCCAAACCAAUUUUGUUGACUCGUUAUGGUAAACCCCAUCUUGUAGCUAGGUCCCAUGUUGAACGACUCAUUAACGGUAGCCCUGUUAAGUUUAACGAUGUGCAAGGUCUUAUGAAUCUGUCACUUGACAUGGAAAAGUGCAGCGACACUCCAGAGGUGUUCUGGGUUGAAGAGGAUCGGAGAGGUAAGAGAGGCGAGCCGUAUGCAAUCAGGUCAAUCCUGGGCUGGAGCGUUAUUGGGCCGACAGGGAAAGCUACUUCCGCUUCAAACGUACAGGUAAACAUUCAACAGACUUCACGCAUACAAGAACAAAUAGAUAGGCUGUGGAAAACUGAUUUUCCAGAAUGCAGAUCUGAAAAUAGUAAUGGUAUGUCGCAAGAAGAUCGCCGCGCACUAUCAAUCAUGGAGCGUACCUUAGAAAAUUGUGACGGACACUACACACUUGGUUUGCCGUGGAGGGAUCAGAACGUACAACUGCCAAAUAAUAACUUUAUGGCAGUCACGCGUCUUGAGCAGCUGAAACGGAAACUUGAACGGGACACUGAGCUGCAUACCUUAUAUAGCGACACCAUGAGCGGCUACAUUGAAAAAGGGUAUGCUACGCCACUGGAUGACGCUGGAGCCAGAAAUUCAGUCAAAGUUUGGUAUCUUCCGCUUCACCCAGUUGUUAACCAAAACAAGCCCGGCAAGUUAAGGAUAGUUUUUGACUGCGCAGCGAAGUACAGAGGUAUAUGA